CUAUUGUACUUAAUAUUACACAUUGUUAUUCGCGUAAAUUUCGAACUAUAACGUUAAACGUGUGUGUAAAUGGAAAAAAAAAAUGUUUUCUCGGAGGACACUCGAGUUCGUUAAACAAAAGUUUGUUCGGCCGUGUUGCAGCAUUGUCAUUCAAUACGAUGUGGUUGUGUUUCGCUUUCCCGCAGGUUGAUGACCGCCAAACACAGCGAAUAUUUCGCAAACGAACUGAUGAAGACGUGCGGCCGGACCGUGGAGUCGGGCCGACAUAUACCAGAGUUCUGGUUCAGGAUGUGCUGCACGGGCGCACUGGUGUACAUGAACUACUACAAGCACCGGACGUUCACGGACGCGCCACACGCGACGAUCGUGGUGCUGAAGUCCAUGCCGUUCGCGUGCUGCUUCCUAACCAUGUCGACGAUGGAAUCGCAGUACACGUCCGCGUGCAACACGCUCGCCGACGAGUUCACGACGCUGAACGCGCUGAUGCGGACCGCUGCCGAUACCGACGCCGAGACACUGAUCGCCGCAUCCGGGGCCCAUUGCCGACUCACGUGGCUGACCAGACUGUUCAACGACGAAUACAGCGUGCCCAUAUUCCUGACCACCGUCAACCUGCUGCUGUUGCAGAUAUUCUCCAUGAACGACUUCAUGGCAAUGAUCAUCGACGGCGAAUCGUUCGAACCGUCCUACGUGCACUUGGAGUACAUGUUCGACUCGUUCACGUGGACUUGGAUGUGGUUCCGGUUCUGGUGGAUCUGCCAUCACGUCGACCGUCUGAUCAAACAGGUUAGACGAUUCGACCCUGCGCGGUCCACCUGACGAUCGUUGUUACGAGUUGUUACAUAUUGACUUAACAGCAAAAAUAAUGUUGGAAAAAGAUAUAAGUUCAUUUCCAGAAAACAUAAGGAAAUUGGCACUUGAUUUUUUAGAUCAAUUGCUUCACCGCCACGUAAGAAUUACAGCAUGGGGAUUCUAUGACAUAAACAAAGAAUUACUAUUCAUGAUAAUAGGAUAUCAAUCCGGUUUAUGUUUGAUUUGUACCCAAUUUACAACUUCAGGAGUACAACUAAUCAACAGCUUCACGACUACACGGAAGAAUUACUCGGACGCUGCAGUAUCCUGAUCAAAAUUAGUCAUGCAAUGGCGAUGCCAGGAAUUUUUCCCAUGGCGGGCCAAAAGGAGGCCAAUAUAAAUUAGAGCUAGCAAAGUUGUAUGGUAGUUGAAUAAACGGGUGGGAGGAAGUUGCCAGGGACUGGACUGCUCUGAGUAUCCUUUUUUAUACUCCGUAUCGGAUAAAAAUG